UGGAAGCGGCAUUCCAAGUGGAGACCGUGGGCCGAGAGGGUUUAUCACUGCGUAUGGUGAUAAAAACAAUGGAUUAUCAGUUGGAAAAUGGCUUGGAUCUUCCACGAGUGUAGUGAAACUUUGGUCGGUGAGCAGAUGUGUGCCUAAAAGUGAGUUUGCCGACGAUUCCCGAAGAAUUCUCGCCGCUUCCGCCAAAAUGAAGCCGCGCGGCCACUCGCCGAUUCUUCUCUUCACCCUCCUCGCCGCUCUUCUGCAAACGGUCGCAGUCGAUGCCGUGUCCUCUUGUUCUCCAAACCCCUGCAAGAAUAAUGGAGCCUGCGUUUCCAGUUUCCGCGGCGAGCCCUACUGCAAUUGCACGAGCAAUUACCUGGGCGAGUACUGUCAGCAUUUGAACCCGUGUCGCAAAGGAAACGGAAUUCAGCCGCAAUGCCAGAACGGCGGCGUCUGCAAAGUGAAGGAGGAGCCCGGGAAAAGCGCACCCUCGUGGAAGUGCGAGUGUCCCGUCGGCUUCACCGCCUCCCUUUGCGAAAUCGCGCAGCCCAACGCGUGCGACAGGAUGCCGUGUCGGAACGGCGGCAACUGCGUCCUCAAGUCCCUCGACAGAUACGUCUGCAAUUGCAGCAACGGCUACGCAGGUCCGCACUGUGAACUGAAAGAUCACUGUGCGAAGUCCCCGUGCAAGAAUGGUGCGACCUGCACGUCCUUGAGGGACACCUACCGGUGCACCUGUCCUUCGGGCUACGUCGGGAAAACCUGCGAAGACGACGUCAACGAAUGCCUGAUCAUGGAACCGUGCGUCAACGGCAUGUGCUCCAACACGAAAGGGUCGUACCAGUGCAUUUGUAACCCGGGCUGGACAGGUCAUCACUGCGACAGCGCCUUCCGACCUUGUGACCCGUCGCCCUGCCAGAAUGACGGAACCUGCCGCAUCGUCAACGAGCACAAACACUUGUGCGACUGCCCAAUCGGUUUCAAGGGAAUUCAUUGUGAGAUCAACAUUGACGACUGCCCGCGCAACCUGUGCCAGAACGGCGCGACCUGCAGGGACGACGUCAACCGCUACUCCUGCGAAUGCCCUUCGACCUUCACCGGCGAACUGUGCGAGCGCGACGUGGACGAGUGCACGAUGCGCCCCAACUUGUGCCAGAACGGCGGCACCUGCACCAACUUCAAGGGUGGCUACUCGUGCAUCUGCGUCAACGGCUGGACAGGCGACGAUUGUUCCAUCAACAUCGACGACUGCGCCAACGCCGCCUGCUCCAACGGCGCCACGUGCAUCGAUCGAGUCGGCUCGUUUUACUGCAAAUGCGCCCCGGGCAAAACAGGUUUGCUGUGCCACUUGGACGACGCGUGCACCUCCAACCCCUGCCACAAGGACGCCCUGUGCGAAACCAGUCCCAUCAACGGUUCCUACACAUGUUCCUGUGCCCCCGGCUACAAGGGCAUCGACUGCAGCGAGGACAUCAAUGAGUGCGAACACGGCUCGCCGUGCGAACAUGGUGGCGUGUGCGUGAACACUCCCGGCUCGUACAAGUGCAGGUGCAUGAAUGGCUUCACGGGUCCGAGAUGCGAGACCAACAUCAACGAGUGCGAAUCGCAGCCCUGCCAGAACCAGGGGUCAUGCCUCGACGACCCGGGCACUUUCCGCUGCGUCUGCAUGCCUGGUUUCACUGGUCGUCAGUGCGAGCAGGACAUCGACGAGUGCGCCACCAACCAAUGCCUGAACGGCGGCAUCUGCACCGACAUGAUCAACACCUUCCGCUGCAAAUGUCCAAUCGGCUUCACCGGGACGCGUUGCGAGACCAACAUCGACGACUGCCUGUCCAGUCCGUGUCGCAACGGCGGCGAGUGUCGCGACUCGAUCGGCGGCUACACGUGCGAGUGUCCUCCGGGCUACACCGGCACCAACUGCGAGACCAACAUCAACGACUGCCUGAGCAGCCCCUGCAGACGCGGUCAGUGUCGCGACGGCGAAAAUUCCUACACGUGCAUUUGCUACCCGGGCUGGGCAGGUCGGGACUGCGACGAGGAGAUCGAUGAGUGCCAGUCCGACCCGUGCCAGAACGGCGGCGUGUGCGAGGACAUGAACAGCGGCUACAAGUGCGUCUGCCAGCCGGGCACGCAGGGCACCAACUGCGAGAUCAACAUCAACGAGUGCGCGUCCAACCCUUGCCGAAACGGCGCCCGCUGCAGGGACGGCUACAACAGGUACACGUGCGAGUGUCUGCCGGGCUACACGGGCGACCACUGCGAAAUCGACAUCAACGAGUGCAGCCAGAACCCCUGCGCCAACGGUGGCAGGUGCAUCGACCAGGUCAACGGCUUCAAAUGCAUCUGUCCCAAGGGCUACUUCGACGCUCGCUGCCUCAGUGACAUCGACGAGUGUGCCUCGGCGCCUUGUCUCAACGGCGGCGUUUGCGAGGACGGGGUCAACACUUACAUCUGCAAGUGCAAACCUGGCUACUCUGGCAGAAGGUGUCAAAACGAAAUCGACGAGUGCGGCUCAAACCCUUGCCAGCACGGCGGUCAGUGCAUCGACCUGCUGGCUGAUUACAAAUGCAAGUGCCCAGCCGGCUUCACUGGCGUCAACUGCGAGACCAACAUCGACGACUGUCGAUCCAAUCCCUGCAAGGGUCAAGGGUCAGCGUGCAUUGAUUUGGUCAACGACUACAGUUGCGUCUGCGAACUGCCCUACACCGGCCGCAAUUGCGAAAGCACUCUGAACCCGUGUCAACCGAACAAAUGCCGCCAAGGCUCUCAUUGCAAUCCAUCGUCCAAUUUCCUGGACUUUGCUUGCAUCUGCGAACGCGGCUGGACUGGCCGGCUGUGUGACCAGGACAUCAAUGAGUGCCUGAGCGCGGUGCCGCCGUGCAGAAAUGGUGCCAAGUGCAUCAACACUGACGGCAGCUACAGGUGCGAGUGUGCCAGAGGCUACGAAGGAAAGGACUGCCUUGUCAAUACCGACGACUGUGCCCUCAAUCCGUGCCAAAAUGGCGGCUCCUGUCUGGAUGGCAUUGGCGAAUACACCUGUCUGUGUAUUGAUGGCUUUGGCGGUCACAACUGCUCCAUUGACAUUGACGAAUGCGAGUCGAACCCGUGCAAAAACGGCGCCACUUGCAAGCAGUACGUCAACUCCUACACCUGCACUUGUCCGCUGGGCUUCAGCGGGCCGUCCUGUGACAUCAACGACAACGACUGCACGGCCUCGUCCUGCAUGAAUGGUGGACGGUGCAUUGAUGGCAUCAACAACUACACUUGCAUCUGCCCGCCCGGCUUUGAAGGUUUCAACUGCCAGACCCGCAGCAACGAAUGUGACUCGAACCCGUGCCUGAACGGCGCCACCUGCCAGCAGACCAUGUUCAACACCCUGGCACCGAGUCCGUAUGGCUCACGCAAGCAAAUCAUGCUGCCCGGCCAAGGCUAUUCCUGUCACUGUUUGUACGGAUUCGCCGGCUCGAGGUGCGAGGCCAUCGUCGACUGGUGCGUCUCGGAGCCCUGCAUGAACGGCGCCACCUGUCGCCAGGUGGACCACACCUUCACCUGCUCCUGCGCCCCUGGCUGGACCGGAAAGCUGUGCGACGUGGAAAUGGUCUCUUGCAGGGACGCUGCCUACCGAAAGGGCGUUUCGGUGGAGAGGCUUUGCAACAACGGCACCUGCGAAAAUAUGGGCAACAGCCAUCGUUGUCUCUGCCAGGAGGGCUACACCGGUUCUUACUGCCAGGAGGAGAUCAACGAGUGCGUCUCGGCGCCCUGUUUGAACGGCGCCACCUGCGUAGAUCAGGUGGCCAGUUAUCUCUGCAAGUGCCAACCAGGCUUCCAGGGUCUGAACUGCGAAUUCAACAUUGACGACUGCGAGAGGAACCCUUGCCAAAAUGGCGGAAAAUGUCACGACCUGGUCAACGGGUUCUCCUGCUCUUGUCCGCCAGGCACCCUGGGCAUCAUUUGCGACAUCAACCUGAACGACUGCACCCCAGACUCUUGCCACAACGGCGGAAAUUGCACCGACAAGGUCAAUGGAUUCGAGUGCAAGUGUCCACCUGGAUUUGUCGGCCCGAGGUGCGAAGGAGACGUCAACGAAUGUCUCACCGCCCCCUGCUCACCCAUGGGAACCCUGGACUGCGUCCAACUGGUCAACAACUACCACUGCAACUGCAGACCUGGCUACAUGGGCAGGCACUGCGAGGCCAAGGUUAACUUCUGCGAAUCCUCACCUUGUUUGAACGGAGGUCUCUGUCAGCCGUCUGCCGAUUUUUACCGAUACGGACAAGUCUCGCCCCGCGCCUCAGGUCACACCUGCAUCUGCCAAGGUGACUUCUUUGGCAAGAACUGUGAGUACUCCGGAUCGAUUUGCAACAACAACCCUUGCCUGAACGGCGGAAUUUGCAACAUGGACUCGGAAGAUCCGCGAGGCUACAGCUGCAACUGCCCUCACGGCGUGGCAGGCGCACUUUGCGAGCUUGACGACUACGACGAGUGCCAGAGCAAUCCGUGCAAGCAGGCCAGCUCAAUUUGCAAGGACAAGAUCGGCGACUACGAGUGCUUCUGCCCGCAAAAGUGGAACGGCAAGAACUGCGACAAGUACGACCCGACCUUCCCAGGCGGCCGAGUCAGCGACGAAUUCCACCAGGUCGGCAAAAACGGCGGCCGCAGACCCAAGAUCAGUGAAAAGGACAAGCAGAAUUGCGAGUUGCGCAACUGCAGCUCCAAGGCUGGCAAUCGCAGGUGCGACGAGGAGUGCAACUCAUACGCUUGCGCCUUUGACGGCGGCGACUGCUCCCUCGGUCUCAACCCCUGGAAGAACUGCGUGGCCCCGAUCAACUGCUGGGAGGUCUUCCAGGACAACAUCUGCAACCAGGAGUGCAACAACGCCCAGUGUCUCUUCGACGGACACGACUGCGAAAAGAAACUGAACCCUUGCAACCCCAUCUACGACGCCUACUGCCAAAAGCACUACGCCAACGGCUACUGCGACUACGGCUGCAACAAUGAGGAGUGCGGAUGGGACGGCAUGGACUGCGAAAAAGAGCCGCAGACCCUGGCCGACGGUCUCAUUUCCGUCGUCAUCCUCAUGGAUAUGCCAACAUUCCGCCAGCACUCGAAGCACUUCCUCAGGGAAAUGGGCCGGCAGCUGAGAACCACCGUCAGAAUCAAGAUGGACCGGUUUGGAAAUGAAAUGAUUUAUCCCUACUCGAUGCUGGAGCGCGCCAACACAAUCGAGAACCGCUUCGAAGCGACCAGAGGCCCCGGAGGGAAAAACGGAAUCAUGGUUUACUUGGAGCUGGACAACCGCAAGUGCAGUCAGGUCGAGGGCAUGGAGUGCUUCUUCCACGCCGAAGAAGCGGCCGAGUUCUUGGCCGCCAGCGCCGUCAGCCACAGUCUGCCCAAGAACUUCCCAAUCGUGGAGGUGCGCGGAGUCGCCGAGCCGGACACUCCGGUCGAGGACGUUCGCAACCCGUACUACAUCAUCCUGGGCUUCGGAAUGAUCCUGCUGGUGGUCUUUGUCAUCUUCAUCAUGAUCCACGGCCAACGCAAACGGGCCGCCGGAGUCACUUGGUUCCCUGAGGGCUUCUUGAAAAGCAACAGCGGCCAACGCAGACGGUCUCACCGCCGAGGACCCGACGGCCAGGAAAUGCGGAAUUUGAAGAACCAGCCGCCGGGCUGCUUGGAUCUGGACUCAGUCAUGGGCGGGAUGCCGCCCAACAUGUCCCACGGCCAGCACUGGUCGGACGACGACGAAUCAGACCUGCCUCCUCCGAAGAGAAUGCGCGGACCCGGCGACAUGGCCAACAACAUCGGCUACUCAAGUGACAACACCAACAUCACCGACUACGAAGAGCCGGAACCCCGCGUCUGGACCCAGCACCACAUGGACGCGGCCGACCUUCGCCGCCCGGACAACAUGAUGACCCCUCCCAGUGGCGAGACUGACAUUGACGCCCGCGGGCCUCUCGGAAUGACGCCUCUGAUGGUGGCCGCCGUUCGAGGCGGCGGCCAAGGCACCGGAGUCGACCAAGGCGUGCCUGGCGAGGAAGCCGGCGAGGAGGAAGACGCCACCGGACAGGUGAUCGCGGAACUGGUGGCUCAGGGUGCCGAGCUGAACGCCGCGAUGGACAAGACUGGAGAGACCUCCCUGCAUUUGGCCGCGAGGUACGCCCGCGCCGACGCAGCCAAACGGUUGCUGGACGCCGGCGCCGACGCCAACUCGCAGGACAACACCGGCCGGACGCCGCUGCACGCGGCCGUCGCCGCCGACGCCAUGGGUGUCUUCCAGAUCCUGCUCAGGAACCGCGCCACGAACCUGAACGCGAAAAUGCACGACGGAACGACGCCUCUGAUCCUGGCCGCCCGACUCGCCAUCGAGGGCAUGGUCGAGGACCUCAUCAACGCGGACGCCGACAUCAACGCCGCUGACAACGCCGGCAAGACGGCCCUCCACUGGGCGGCGGCCGUCAACAACGUGGACGCCGUCAACAUCCUGCUGAGCCACGGCGCCAACCGGGACGCGCAGGACGAGAAGGACGAGACGCCGCUGUUCCUGGCGGCCCGCGAGGGCUCGCACGAGGCGUGCCGCGCCCUCCUCGACAACUUCGCCAACCGCGAGAUCACCGACCACAUGGACCGACUGCCGCGGGACGUGGCCCAAGAGCGUCUGCACAACGACAUCGUCCGGCUGCUGGACGAGCACGUGCCGCGCUCCCCGCAAAUGAUCGCCGUCCUGCCCCACUCGGCGGCCCUCGGAGGGCUGACCUCGCCCACCCUGUUGACGCACCCCACCGUCAUCAACACCAAGGUCAGGGGCAGCAAGAAGCAGCGCGCCACCAAGUCGCCGACCAGUCCGGACAGCGUCGACCAGCCGAGGAGGAAGGCGUCCUCCACCAAGAAGAAGCAAAAGCAGCCCGAGCCGAUCAGAAGCGUCGAGUCGGCCGCCAGCUCGUUGUCGCCCAUCGGCUCCCUCGAGUCGCCGCACAACCCUGGCGAGGUUCCCAGUCCUUACGACGGCGUGACGCAAGGCUACACGGCCGGCAUCACCCUUCUGCAGGGUCUGGAGCUGCCGCCGCAGGGUCUGCCGAACGGCGCCAAAAUGCCGCCGUCGUACGAGGAGUGCCUGAAGAGCGCGUCGGCGUCGCUGCACCAGAUGGACGCGUAUUACUCGGUGCCCUCGCAGCCCCACCAGAUGCUGCACGCGAGGCACGCCAGCACCCUGUCGCCGCCGCACUCGGCCAGCUCGGUGGCCAUGUCGCCGCCCAGCUCUAGCUACGUCGGCUCGCCGUCCCCGUCCAAAAUCAGACCCAACCUGCCCACGUCGCCCACGCACAUGCAGGCGAUGCGAGCCGCGCAACAGCAGAAGCAGAUGCAGGUGAACAUGCACAUGCAGCAACAGACCUACGAGUACCCGCAGCCGCCGCAGCAGCAGCCGGACUCCGUCUUCCACUACUACCAGACGGCAGGUGCUGCGGGCCACUCGCCAGCCUUCUCGAUGGACAUGAACAGUCCCUCGUACAUGAUGGACACGAAUCAUCAGAGCCCGCAGAACACCUUCCUGACGCCGCAGCAGAGCGAAAUGCCGCACAGCGUGCAGCCGGACAGUUACCCGACGCCGUCGCCCGAGUCGAUCCAGUCGGCGCAGUCGGUCAACUCGCCCGACCACUGGUCGUCCACCUCGUCGCCGCCGGCCAACUCGGACUGGUCCGACUGCAUGUCCAGUCCGCAGGGCAUGAUGUACCACCCUGGCGGCGGCGCUGCGCAGAACAAGCAGCCCGAGGCCAUUUACAUUUGAAGGAAGACGAAAAUCCACACACACAUGCGAAUUCUGUGAUCUGCUCCUCGAAACGGAUGGAAUUGCUUUUCUCUCUUUUUCUCUAAUUAAUCUAAGACUGUUGACGCGAUCCCUGAGAGUUUUAUUGAUCGAUAAUUAAUUAUUUAUAAUACAUGUCCAGCGCGCAAGUGACAGAAAGAAAGAACACUCGCUCAACUAAGAGUGCCUUCCUUCCGAGCAAGCCAUAUUUUGUGUACAGAGGACGACAAGUUGUUUUUUUAACAAGUGACCUUCUCAAGGUGGUGCCUUCGAAAGUGCUAUAAAAUUAUACGAAUCCUGUGCAUUAUUUAUUCGGCAGCACUUUGGUCAUUGAUUUGAAUUAGUCACAUUUUGAAUUUUUUGCUAAAAAAACUCGACCAAAGUGCUCCGCAAUUUUACAUUUUCCUCGCCUGCAGUCGUGCCAAUUUACACAUACAAAGACUGUUCUCAAAACUUGGCGUCAAUUAAAUUUAACAAUCCAUUUAUCAUCCCAUUCUUGGCUGUCGGCGAGUGAAAAUCGUCUCUUGUAAAUACCAUGUAAUUCUCCAAAGAUGCGAAAAAAGUCUUCAAUUCAUGAAGUUCUUCUCGAAUGGAUCUCGAAAUUUCGCCCCCCCAUCCUUUUCUCACAUUGCCGCCGUCUUUGGAGAAGCUGCGUGUCUUUCCCAUUCAUUGUUGCUGUACAAAUAGCUGUAGUGCGCGAAUGCAAAUUGUUUCUUUUUUAUAUCCAAAAAGAAUUUUUUUUGCUUAACUGGGAACUUCUGUAUCUGAACGAGUUGAGACUUAUGGAAAUUUUUAUAUUUAGAUUUGCUCUCGUCCGCGUAGGACUGUGGAAAUUAAUUAAUCAACAAAGUGCAAUUUUAGUUGUUUCGAUCGCCAAAGUGCUUUCACACGGAAUUUUGAAGCAUUCCAGCUGAUUUGGGGGAAGUAAAAUUAUUUCUUGAAUCUCAUUUUUAGUUCUGUGCCAGAUGUUUAAAUUUAAAUUUUAACGUCUGGGGAAUUCCUCGGAGCCGCUGAAGGUGCAUUUUCAUCUUGUGUAUAAAAAGAACUUGUAAUUUUAUUUAAAGAAAUGGUUAAAUUAAGUGUUCAAACUCGAGAUCUAGGUGUAGAGUAAAAGUAUGAAAAUAGCAAUCCAAGUGAAAUGACAUUGUAUCAGAAAACACUUUGUAGUUUUUCAAUAAAGAAGAAAUGUAUUUUAUAUUAAAUAAA